AUGGACUCCAUAGACAAGAAAGUUCAUGAGAAGUUAGAUGAAGAAGAACUCGAAGAUACAGUGGAGAAUGCUAAACCUUUGUUCGAAGAAGAAGUUGGAAAAAUGUGUGAAAAACAAUUAGAACAUGAACGUGAGAUAUAUUAUGGUUAUAGAGAUUCUCCAUACGAACUAGACCAAUGGGAACAAGAAGAUUUAAAGAGAGAAUUUAGAGAAUAUGAACUCGCUAAGAUAGCAUUUGAAGCUGCAGAAAAGAAGUUAAAAGUUUGGGGUCGUUUUGUACAAAAAUAUUGUGAGUAA